AUGAGCUAUUGGCUGUCGCCAUAUAAGGGGAUCGUAUUUAAGACCGACUCUCACUUCGCGUUCACUACUAUUGAUCGAAACGUCUUUUUGAUUCAAAACUCAAAGAAUAAGAUGUCUAACGGAUCAGUUAGAAGACCAUCGAUGGGUCGGCCAAUCAUUGGUAACCGUUCGGACAGAGACACCAAUAAUAACGCGGAACCGUUGGCCAGACAUUCGGAUCACAAUAACAACGCAAUAACCGAACCGAAUGACCAAUACUUCGAUUGGAUCAGAGAUAUGGUCACCGAUGGACACAACGACGCAAUCAUUGGCACCAAUGGUCACAACGACGCCAUCAUUGGCACCAAUGGUCACAACGACGCCAUCAUUGGCACCAAUGGACACAACGGCGCCAUCAAUGGCACCAAUAAUGGAUACAAUGGCAUCACUGGCGGAACCAAUGGCUUGAAUGGCGCGACGUAUGGCAGAGCUGACGGAACCGCUUACAGCUAUGGCGCCACCAAUCAUGGCAUCGAUAUCGUUGAGCCCAAUCCGAAUUACGAAGACUAUGAUCUCGCUCUUCAGAGCAAGACUAUCGCCGCCACCGGUGGGACCAGUUGUGCGUACCCUAAGAAGUCGAUGACCAAUGGCUCGUCUGGCGGUUCGGUUUCAGACUACGCACCCGAAGGAGUGAUGCACAGCAAGAGUUCCUCCCAUCGAUUGCAAUUAGGCAAGAUUUAUAACCCUAAGACUAACCACUCAUCUAAUACUCCAAUUCUUGGAAACCAAUACUCGCGCGGAACCGAUUCGUAUCAUCACAAUGAUACGGUCACUUUCGGGGGACCGCUGAACGGCAACGGACACCACAGCCGCAGCAAUGGCCAUAACUGGCCCAUUGGCCGCCCCCGCACUCCCAGCGUAAGCGACCCGUUGGGCGACCCGACAUGGUCUACACGUACCAAUCAUCUGAUCCCGAGAAUCACGGAACCCGACUAUCGGUUCCUUGAUCCCAAAUCAAAGGCCGAAAAGGAGGCAAUUGACCGAAUCCUGAAAGCGAUGUUAGGCGUGUCGAUGACGGCAACGGCCACCUACACGUGGACGGGACAGUUGCCGCCAAAGCGCCGCUCCAAGAACCCCAUCUACUCGUGCAAAGUAUUCCUCGGCGGCAUUCCCUACGACCUGACCGACGGUGACCUGCACUGCACUUUCGCCCCCUUCGGGCCCAUUCAGAUCCAAUGGCCGGGCAAAGAGGUGAAGUCGCCCAACGGUAACGGCGGCGGCGGUGGACACGACUACGGAUUCGGCGCUCAGGGAGGACACGGCGGUGGCGGCGGUUGUAAUAAAGCCGGUUAUGUAUACGUGAUCUUCGAGUCGUACGACAACGUGGCGGCGCUUCUGAAGCACUGCACCAUCAGUUACCGGGAUCUGGAUAUGGGUUUGCGCUACUACUACAACGUCUCGUCGCGGCGCCAGAAGGCCAAAGAGGUUCAGGUGAUCCCAUUCGACAUCGGCGACCGCUUCUACAUGAAGAACACCUUCUCGGGUCAGAUGGAACACUCGCGCACUGUCUUCGUGGGCGCCCUCCACGGUAUGCUCGCCGCCGAGGGGUUGGCCAAAGUGAUGGACGACCUGUUUGGCGGAGUGGUGUUCGCCGGUCUCGACACCGACAAACACAAGUACCCGCUCGGCUCCGGGCGGGUGUCGUUCGACAAUCAGGACAGCUAUUUGAAGGCCGUGUCGGCGGCGUUCGUGGAGAUAAAAGCGGCCCGUUUUCGCAAAAAGAUCCAAAUCGACCCAUACAUCGAGAACGAGUCGGUCUGCGCGGUCUGUCGUCGCCCCCAACAGACGCCCAUCUUUUGUAGAGACGACUUCAAGUACUUCUGCAUCGACUGCUGGGAGUGUCACAUAAGAGAUCCCGAUUGCGCCGAUCACCGCCCGAUUGUCAAGAAUAGGCCCACAGCUGCCGCCGCAUCGGGAGGGCUGCCCUCAGGAGGGCUGACAGUCGGUGGUCUCUAA